AUGUCCACACAGCGCCCCGUCAUCCAGGCCAUCCCUCCCUUCAAGGGCGCGCCCUUGCAACCCACCGACGUCCAGAACCGCCGUCCCACCGCAGCAGAGGCCUACGUCGCCCUGGCCAACCGCAAAGCAGGCGCCAACGUCGUCUCAACCCGUGCCACCGGCUCCGAAAACUACCGCCCUUCCCACCACGCAGGCUCCAGCCACCACGCCUCCCAACGUCAGCAGCCCGUCCCCGCCGUCGACCGCAGACAGCCUCAGCAUGCUGCCGCCCCCGCUCCCGCCGCCGAACGCCCCAAGCCCACAUCGAGGCUGGAGAGGGAGAAGAAGCGCCACCACAACGACCCAAAGAACAUCGGCCACUGGCGUCUCGACAAGCUCAUCGGCCAGGGCGCCUCCGGCCGCGUCCGCCUCGCCAUCCACGACCAGACAGGCCAAAGAGCGGCGGUCAAAAUCAUCCCCAGGACUCUCAUCAACGCGAGUCGAAUGAGCUUGCGCGAUGCAGACGUCAAGGCCAACAAGAUGAUCCUCGGCAUCGAGAGGGAGAUCGUCAUCAUGAAGCUCAUCGAACAUCCCAACCUCCUCGGCCUCUGGGACGUCUACGAAACUUCCAAGGAUCUCUUCCUCAUCAUGGAGUACGUCGCCGGCGGUGAACUCUUCGACCACCUCGUCGCCCAGGGCAAGCUCACCCCACGCGACGCACGCGCCUACUUCCGCCAGAUCAUCUUUGGCAUGGACUACUGCCACCGCUUCAACAUCUGCCAUCGCGACCUCAAGCCAGAGAACCUGCUGCUCGACGAGUCCAAAAAGAUCGUCAAGGUCGCCGACUUUGGCAUGGCCGCCCUCCAGCCCACCGAAAAGAUGCUCGAGACCAGCUGCGGCUCCCCGCAUUACGCCAGCCCCGAAAUCGUCAGCGGCAAGCGAUACAAGGGCACCGCCAGCGACAUCUGGAGCUGCGGCAUCAUCCUCUUUGCCCUCCUCUGCGGACGCCUCCCCUUUGACGACCCCAACAUCCAGCAGCUCCUCGGCAAGGUCAGGGCCGGCAAGUUCAUGAUGCCCGAGUGGCUCGAGCCCGCUUCCAAGGACCUCAUCUGGCGCAUGCUCGAGGUCGACCCGGAGAAGCGCAUCAAGAUGGCCGACAUCAUGCGUCACCCCUGGUUCACCAACAACGGCAAAGAGUCGUCCCACAACCCCGUCUCCACCUCGCUCGACACCCUUCAGAUGGAACAGCUCACCCACGACACCAUCGACCUCGACAUCCUCGGCAACCUCAAGACGCUCUGGUUCGAGCUCAGCGAAGACGACAUCGUCAGAGAGCUCCUCUCACCCGGUCCCAGCUGGCAGAAGACCUUCUACACGCUCCUCGUCGCCCACCGUGAAAACCACUCGGCCGACGACGAAGACGACAUGGACGACGACAUUGUAAACGAGCAGAUCGUUACCGCCAGCGCCGUUCCAGCGCAUGCCAUGCUCGCCUCGUCGGGCGCUGCAAAGACGCUCGAGAUCGCCAGGCCGCGCCGAACCGGCGAGGGACCCGGUGCCACAUCAGCACCGACCUCACCCAGGCUCGAGAGCUUCGACAUGGAGCGCAGGCACAGCACGCCCGAAAAGGGCUCGGCGUACAAUACCGUGCCCGUUCGUGCUACCGACGUGACCCCCACCAAGGUGGCAUCGCCCCACGUACGACCCGCCAACCCAUCGCCUCGCUUGCGACCCUCGCCUCUGGAUUCGCCUGCCACCAGCCUCAAGGCUCCCUUUGCCUCUCCCUCCAAGCUCCAGGCUCCCUUGCCCGCGCAGACCGCCCCGCCGAGCGGCAGCCCACGCAGGGAGAGCGAUGGAAGCUACGUGCUGCCACAAAUCUCGCUGCAGACCGCCUCGCCGCAGCGCAACGAGCGUCCCAACGUCGACUUGCAGCGUCGCAACACUUCGCCCACCAAGGCUGCGCCCGCUAGCGCACCGCCUUCGGCUCGCAUCGCACUCGCCAAUCUGUACGAUGCGCCUGUGUCGGCGCAUGGAGCGGCUGCGUCGUCGUCAUCGUCGUCCUCCAGCUCGUCGGCAGCCGCGGCGCGAUCGCGUGCCAACCGCGGCUCGGGCUCCGAGAUGAUGCCGCCUCUGGCGUUGCCUGGCCGUGCGUCGUCGCGACCCGUCUCGCCGACCAAGGCUACGUUUGGCGCUGCUGCUACUGCUGCUCCUGCGGCGCCCCAGCCUGCGGCUCAGCCCGUGCUGCAGCGACCCUCGACGGCACGUGCACACACCACGCACGCCGCACCGUCGAUCCAGGUGCCGCAGGUGGGCGACGCGACCAUGCAGAAGUUCUUCCAGGAGAUCGCCGACGAGCUCGCCUCGAUCCGCGCCACGGGCGAGAAGCCGGACGCGCUUCAGAGCAAGAUCGAGCAGCUCAAAAAGUCGAUGGCUUUGCAGCAGCAGCCGGCGGCCACAGCGGCGGCCUCGUCGGCGCCUUCGACGGGUGGUCGAGGUGCCGGCGCGAGGGGCUCCGAGAUGAACCAGUUCGAGGAUGCCGAAGACGACGUGAGCGAGGGCGAGAGCAUGCGCUCGGUCUCGCAGGCGUCUUCGCACCAGCAGAGCUACACGCCCUCGACGCCAAUGACGCCGCUGAGCCCCGCCGAGCUCAUCGCACCUCUGUCGCUCACGGACAAGGCGAGCGCGCGGACGAGCAUCGCCAGCACGGUGGCGAGCUCCAAUGCGAGCACGAGGAACUCGGUGCGCAGUGCGCGCUCUGCCACCGAGGCGAGCAGCUCCGGCGGCACGUCUCGGCCGACGAGCGUAUUCAGCAACAUCAGCACGGGCAGCACUGGGCUCGGUCGCAAGCGCUCGCUGCUCGGGCUGCGACGCGGUGGUGGCGACAAGCACGCGACGCAGCACGAUGCCAACACGAUCCGAUCCAUCGCGUACGAGCAGACGGCCGCGCCACCUGCGCUGGCGAGCAUCUUUGCGCCGCCUGCUGGAUCGAGCGCGCGACCGGGCGCCGGCUCUUCGUCGUCGUCGCGUGCGCCCAAGAACCUUGGUCUGGGGCUCGACAUGGGCGCGGGCGGCGUUGGUGGUGCGAUGGGCGCCAUCUCGCCGCCUACGACGCCGGUGACUGCAGCGGUGGCCACGCUGGCGCCCGUGCCUGGCGGAGGUGCGCCGGGCAAGAAGGACAGCUGGUUCGCGGGGCUGUUCAACUGGAAGCCGGCCACGUUUACGCUCAUGUCUACGGACAACUUUUCCGAGACGCUCAACGAGGUGGUGCGUCGGCUGCAGAGCUACGGCGUGCGCGUGGCGAUGGACGAGUCGUCGGACGUGCACCACACGACGCUGCGGUGCAGCAUGAGCGAGUACCGCGAGUCGAACGGCGUCACGACGGCGGCCAAGCCGCUGCGCUUCCGCGUGGAGCUCAACAUCCUGCCGGUGGGAUCGGCUGCGAAUUCGCCGGCGAUGGGCGGUGGGCUGGGGCUGUCGCUGCACGGCGGUGCGGUGAUGGGCGGGGGCGGACUGCCGUCGCCGGCGCUCAGCACGUACUCGCGUGGCAGCAGUGCGGGCGGCGUGACGUUUGCGACGUCGGUGCUGGUGGUGCAGGAGAAGGGCGCGCUGAGCACGUUUAAGCUUGUGCAUGGGCGGCUGCGUCGCGAAUGGACGCUCGACCUGGCUUCGGCGGUGGUUUGA